AUGUACUUGUGUGUCCAGACAGUUGCAAACAUAGGGGGACUUCGAGAGCAAAGGAUGAACAUGGGGCAGAAAGUCUCAGGGGGAAUCAAGACCAUCUCCAAUGCCAGAGAACCAACAUACAAAGCCAUCAAUAGGGAGCCUGCCUACAAUCCAGAUUUUCAAAAGCCCAGUAGGUUGGAUGCUCUACUGGACAUGCCGCCAUCCUCACGUGAAGUCCAGAUCAAACACUCCUGGAAUGCAGAUGACAGAUCACUAAAUAUAUUUGUUAAAGAUGACGACCAGAUGACUUUCCACAGACAUCCAGUAGCCCAGAGCACAGACUGUAUUAGAGGCAGGUUCGGCUACACACGGGGACUUCACGUCUGGGAAAUAUUCUGGAGUACUCGACAGAGAGGCACCCAUGCUGUUGUGGGCGUCGCCACCAGCGAUGCUCCAUUACAUUGUGUGGGGUAUCAGAGCCUAGUAGGCAGUAAUAAGGACUCAUGGGGUUGGGAUCUGGGCAGAAAUAAACUGUAUCAUGAUAUGAAAAACACACCGGGAGUCACAUACCCGACAUUACUGAACUCUGAUGAAAACUUUGUUGUGCCAGACAGUUUUCUAGUCGUCCUGGACAUGGAUGAAGGUACUUUGAGUUUUGUGGUGGAUGGACAAUAUCUAGGUGUUGCUUUCAGAGGUCUCAAGGGCAAGAAACUCUAUCCAAUUGUCAGUGCUGUCUGGGGUCAUUGUGAAAUCACCAUGAAGUAUAUUGGGGGACUUGAUCCGGAACCUCUUCCACUCAUGGAUAUAUGUCGACGAACAAUACGGGCACAGCUAGGGAAACAUCGGCUUCAAGAGACGCACUCCUUACCCAUCCCUACAUCCCUUAAACAGUAUCUGCUCUACCAGUCAUAG